AUGACCAUUCUCUGGCACAAAGCUCAUCAGGGGUGGAGAAGAGGCAGAGGGCAGCAGAAGGGGAAGCUAACCGUGGGCCCUCAGGGGCUCUCACUCCUGCUCUUGUUCCUGCUGCCGCCCCUGCUCCCCGCUGGGGACCCUGGCGAGCCCGGCGAGCCGGGGCUCAGAGGAGGCCCCUACUGCCGCCUCGUCAAUGCCACCGUGGCCGCCGAGCACGAGGCCUGUCCUGUAUGCAUCACUUUCACCACCACCAUCUGUGCCGGCUUCUGUAUGAGCAAGAUGCCCGUGUUGCCGAACCCUAGAUACAGACCGGUCCAAGAAGUGUGCACGUAUGGCCGGCUGCGCUACGGAUCCCUGCGGCUGCCCGGCUGCCCGCCUGGCGUGGAUCCCGUGGUCUCCUUCCCCGUGGCUCUGAGCUGCCACUGCGACCAGUGCCAGCUGGGGUCCAGCGACUGCACCUCCCGCGUGCAGCACCACAGGCUGGACUUCUGCUCGGCCCCCCGCCUGCGCCUCUAGUG